CUCACUGCUCCGUCUCACACACUCACACUGUUUUCCGAUCUGUUGCUCUCGUCACACCUCCAUCUCUCGCUCUCUCUCACACUGAUCCUCUCUCCCUUGUUCUUCACACAUAAGACGAGGAGGUCAUGGACACAAACAACACCACAGGUAGACAUGGGACAGGAGAUGCUUUGGUGGACAUGGAUGGGACAUGUGAAGAUGGAGAUCACAUGCUCAGGAGUCACAGUGAAGAGGCUGUUGUUGACUACGGCAAGAUCAGAUCAGCAUUACAUGCAGACUUCGAGACUGAAGAAGUAGAGAGUCACAGGGCUGUGUAUGUGGGAGUUCAUGUCCCUUUUGGGAAGGAGAACAGACACAAGCGUAGACACCGAGGACACAGACACCACCACAGGAGAACCAAAGAGAGAGAAUCUGAGCAGGAUGCAGGGGAGAGAGAAUCUCUUGCACAAGACACUCCGUCUCAGCGUGUACAGUGUAUUCUGGGUACUGAGGACGGUGACGUAGAACACAUUCCUCAUGAGCUCUUCACUGAGCUGGAUGAACUCUCCAUUCGACAUGGCAACACAGAGUGGAGAGAGACUGCCAGAUGGCUGAAGUUUGAGGAGGAUGUAGAGGAUGGAGGCGAGAGGUGGAGUAAACCUUAUGUAGCCACGCUGUCUCUGCACAGUCUGUUUGAGUUGCGCAGCUGCAUCCUCAAUGGCACUGUGAUGCUCGACAUGAAGGCUGACUCCAUCGAGGACAUUGCAGACAUGGUGAUAGACAGCAUGGUGGCGUCGGGACAGCUGGACGACUCGUUAAGGCUGCAGGUGCGAGAGGCUGUGUUGAAACGGCAUCACCACCAGAACGAGAGGAAACUAAGUAACCGAUUCCCGCUGGCCGUGCGCUCGCUCGCUGAUAUAGGCAAGAAACACUCUGAACCGCUGUUAUUGGAGCGCAGUGGUGAGGGUUUGUCCACUUCCCGUAACUCUCUUCUGAAACUGGGUGGCUCCAUUUCCAACCUGUCCCAGAGGAGUGACUCGCGAGUCUCCAUGCUCCUGAACCACCUCCUCCCCAGCCCUGGGCAUGGUACCUCACCCAGCCCUGUCCCCACCCCACAGAGUACCCCACCAUCUUCAAGACACUUUGACUCGACUGACCGAGCCCCACAAGUUCAUCUGGAAAUCCCUGAGGUUGUGGUGUCUCCACCAGAGGAGGAUGAAGAGUCGGAGGAAGACGUUCUGGAUCUGAGAGCUGGCGAAGACAAGUAUAUGUGUACAUUGGCGUCGUCUUCUCCUCUCUCUGGCUCUGUGGACUCAGGCAGGGUGAGUGAAAACAGAUCAGCCAAGUCAAGCAACAGCAAAGAUGGAAGCACUGUAGAUCUUAGCAAGGUGGACAUGAACUUCAUGAAGAAGAUCCCUCCAGGGGCAGAGGCCUCGAACGUGCUGGUAGGUGAAGUGGAUUUCCUGGAGAAACCCAUCAUCGCCUUUGUUCGUCUCUCUCCUGCUGUACUGCUCACAGGACUCACGGAAGUGCCUGUGCCAACCAGAUUCCUCUUUCUCUUACUAGGACCAUAUGGAAAAAGUCCUCAAUACCAUGAGAUCGGACGCUCCAUGGCCACUCUAAUGACAGAUGAGAUUUUCCACGAUGUGGCAUAUAAAGCCCGGGACAGAGCUGAUCUUCUCUCUGGCAUUGAUGAGUUUUUAGACCAGGUGACUGUUCUUCCUCCUGGAGAAUGGGACCCGACGAUCCGCAUUGAGCCUCCCAAGAAUGUUCCAUCACAGAUCAAGAGGAAGAGGCCAUCACAACCUAAUGGCACUGUGACUCCUACCGAGCCGAGUCAGGAGGAGGAACACCAACCUGGCCCGGAGCUCCAGAGAACGGGGAGGAUUUUCGGUGGGCUGGUGUGUGAUAUAAAGCGUAAAGCACCCUUCUACUGGAGCGAUGUGUUAGACUUCUUCAGUCUGCAGUGUGUAGCGUCGGUGCUUUUCCUCUACUGUGCUUGCAUGUCUCCUGUUAUCACCUUUGGAGGACUGCUUGGAGAGGCCACCAAGAGUAACAUCAGUGCUAUUGAGUCACUGUUUGGAGCAUCUCUGACAGGAGUGGCGUUCUCUCUGUUUGCCGGUCAGCCUCUGACCAUUCUGGGCAGCACAGGGCCUGUGCUUGUGUUUGAGAAAAUCCUCUUCAAGUUCUGCGAGGAUUACGGGAUGUCCUACCUGUCCUUGCGUGCCUGUAUCGGACUGUGGACAGCGUUCCUCUGUAUAGUGCUGGUGGCAACUGAUGCAAGCUCGCUGGUGUGUUACAUCACACGCUUCACAGAGGAAGCAUUCGCUGCUCUCAUCUGCAUCAUCUUCAUCUAUGAGGCUCUGGAGAAACUGCUGCACCUCCGAGACACCUAUCCCAUCAACACCCACACUGACCUGGUUAACCUGACACAGUACAGCUGUCAGUGCUCAGGUCCCAGUCAGAUGUCCAAUGAGACGAUGCAGCUGUGGAACUCAACUGGACACACCACGGAUUCAAUACCUUGGAAUCAACUCAAUGUGUCGAUGUGUAAGUUCCUACACGGCGAGUUUGUAGGUCCUGCUUGUGGAAAACAUGGGCCCUUCAUCCCCGAUGUGCUCUUCUGGUCCAUCAUCCUCUUCUUCACCACAUUCUUCCUCUCCUCCCUGCUCAAGCAGUUCAAGACGGAAAGAUACUUCCCUACCAGGGUGCGCUCCACUAUCAGUGAUUUCGCCGUGUUUUUGACUAUAAUGGUGAUGGUGCUGGUGGAUUAUCUGGUGGGAAUUCCAUCACCCAAACUCAAUGUGCCUGACCGCUUUGAGCCCACCUCGAAGCACCGUGGCUGGCUGAUCUCUCCGCUUGGUUCUAAUCCCUGGUGGAUGGUCCUGGUGUCAGUUGUUCCUGCUCUUCUCUGCACCAUCCUCAUCUUCAUGGACCAGCAGAUCACUGCUGUCAUUGUAAACCGCAAGGAGCACAAACUCAAGAAAGGCUGUGGUUAUCAUCUGGACCUGCUGGUGGUGGCCGUGAUGUUGGGUGUGUGUUCAGUGAUGGGGCUGCCAUGGUUCGUGGCUGCCACCGUUCUCUCCAUCUCGCAUGUGAACAGCCUGAAGCAGGAGUCCAGCUGCUCCGCACCGGGCGAACAACCCAAGUUCCUGGGCAUCAGGGAGCAACGGGUCACCGGCAUUCUCAUUUUCACCCUCAUGGGCUGCUCUGUCUUCAUGACGUCCAUCCUGAAGUUCAUUCCCAUGCCAGUGUUGUAUGGGGUCUUUCUCUAUAUGGGUGUUUCCUCUCUGAAAGGCAUACAGUUCUUUGACAGGAUAAAGUUGUUUGGUAUGCCGGCGAAGCACCAGCCUGAUCUGAUCUACCUGCGUUACGUGCCGCUGUGGAAGGUUCACGUCUUCACGCUGGUGCAGCUCACAUGUCUGGUUCUGCUUUGGGUCAUCAAAGCCUCGGCUGCCCGCGUCAUCUUCCCCAUGAUGGUGUUGGCGUUGGUGUUUGUGCGAAAGCUGCUGGAUUUCUGCUUCACGAAGCGAGAGCUGAGCUGGCUAGAUGACCUGAUGCCCGAGAGCAAAAAGAAAACAGAAGAUGACAAGAAGAACAAGAAAGCUAAACAGGAAGCUGAGCAGUUGACGGAGGAAGAGGAAGAGGCUGAGGCAGAGGCGGGACUCGUAUACAAAGGAGGAAGAGGAGGAGGAGGGAAUGUGCUGAAGAUUCCACGGCAGGCUCGAUGUGGUAGUCAGGAGAAGGUGGCGUGUGCUAGGCUGAACGUGGAAGCAGUCUGGGGUGGAAAGGAAGAGUCGAAUAUAGAGACGGCGCUCUAGGGCGGAGUUUAUUCCUUCACCUUUGGAGCCAUGCCUACUCCAACGCUGGAGCCAAACAGCUCAUAAUCAGCAACUCAAUCCUGGGCUUGAGUCAGCGGUGCCAACUGGAGGACUGAGAGAGCAGCCAUGGGGGAGAGAGCACAGUGUGUCCCCUAACUCUGAGGACACAGGAAAUACUGUAAUAACUUCUUUAUUAGUCUUCUUAGUCAGUUUUUUUAAAUAGCAGUUGAUGCAUUUUGUUUUAUUUUAUUUAUACAGUUCAUUUCAUUGAAUCCAUGGAGGUGUAGUCAGACAGCAGGUUUUAAUGCCUUCAUCACUGACUGCAUAACAUAAUGAGCAGAUCUCCAUUCGACAACUAAUCAGCAAAAUUGAUCGAAUUUGAUCCAAGUAAUUGGCAAUGAAUUUCAUGAUGAAGCACGCUGUGCUACCUCACGUAGCAAAGCUGUUUGAUUUCGGUCAUGGUUGCAUUGUUUAUUCUUAACAUAAACAAUAUAGAUGAUGUUACAAGUAGUCAUCAAGUUGCCAUCAAAAUAUAAAAAGUGCAGGGAGUCAAUCCCCCCCCCCAAAAAAAAAUCGAGUUGGUUCCCUGACUCCGUGAUUCCAAGUAUUGAAAACUAGGAGUCAAAUCUGAGUUGAUUCCUCAAACUGAAAAUGUUUCACCUCACGCAAAUGGAGCAAGCAUCAUGAUUCAAGCAUCAGUGUGUUCAUUAGUGAGACAGGUAUUGCAUUUGACUGUCAGAAUUGAACAAAUCAUGACCUGAACUCCAGGUAAAACCCAGUCUCAAUGAUUCAGACCAUUGGUGCAAUGGUUACACUGAUGUAUAGUUGCGAAAAAAAAAAAAUGUACAGAACCAGAAAAAAAAACAAACAAAAAAACUUUGAUAGAGACUGUGACUAAAGUCUCAGUAAUUUACGCUAGCGGUUACAAACCGGGGUGUCUGGUCGACGUACUCUAUAGAUCCGGAACGGCAAGAGAGAGAGAAUGACGCUUAAUGAGGAAAAGUUGUACCCUGCCGCCCUGACCAAAAUAAAAAAAACGAGUGCUCUGAGAGCACAAUAUCCCCCGCUGGCAACUAUGCCAUAACUCUGGUAAAAUGUGACUGAAUUGAACAAAAUUGCAAUAUGCGUUUUACUGACAUAUGACAAAGAAUCCUGUCAAGUUCCGUGAAAUUCCUCAAAAAUUGUGAGAGGAGUUGAUUUCAGAAGGUGAGUUCCCUUCCCGGGACGGACGGACGGACAUCGCCAUGACAUAAUCCCCCUUCGGGCCUCUCCACCAAUGGGGGAUGAUAAUUUUUUUGCCAAAUUACAUGAAAUUCCUCCAAAAAUUGUGAAGGGAGUUGAUUUCAGAAAGCAAGCACACCUUGAUGAAAUUGCCAAAAGUACAAGUUUGUUAAUAAUCAAGGGCAUAACUCUGGUAAAAAUUUGCCCAAAUUAAAUGAAAUUUCAAUAUGCGUAUAACUGUCAUAUAACAAAGCUUUUUGCCAAGUUUGGUGAAAUUCCUCCACAAAUUGUGAGAGGAGUUGAUUUCAGAAGAACGUACACCCUCAUGAAACUGUCAAAGUACAAGUUAUUUAAUCAAGGGUCAAAAUGCUGGUAAAAAUUCACAAAUGAAAUUAAAUUGCAAUAUGCGUAUUACUGUCAUAUAACAAUGCCUUUUGCCAAGCUUCGUGAAAUUCCUCCAAAAAUUGUGAGAGGAGUUGAUUUCAUAGAAGGUGCCCUUCCCGGGAUGGAUGGAUGGAUGGAUGGAUAUCCCCACAACAUAAUCCCCCUUCGGGUCUUUCAGCCAGUGGGGGAUAAAAAAAAAACCCCUGAUUUUAAAAAAAAAUCAUAAAAAUUGAGAGUUAUAACUGAUUGAAAAAAAAAUUCCCAUUUUUCAUGGAUCAUUCUGGAUCAGUGAUCCAGAUCAGCACCAAAAGUCAUACCAAUGUACACUACCGUUCAAAAGUUUGGGGUCACCCAGACAAUUUUGUGUUUUCCAUGAAAAGUCACACUUUUAUUUACCACCAUAAGUUGUAAAAUGAAUAGAAAAUAUAGCCAAGACAUUUUUCUGGCCAUUCUGAGCAUUUAAUCGACCCCACAAAUGUGAUGCUCCAGAAACUCAAUCUGCUCAAAGGAAGGUCAGUUUUAUAGCUUCUCUAAAGAGCUCAACUGUUUUCAGCUGUGCUAACAUGAUUGUACAAGGGUUUUCUAAUCAUCCAUUAGCCUUCUGAGGCAAUGAGCAAACACAUUGUACCAUUAGAACACUGGAGUGAGAGUUGCUGGAAAUGGGCCUCUAUACACCUAUGGAGAUAUUGCACCAAAAACCAGACAUUUGCAGCUAGAAUAGUCAUUUACCACAUUAGCAAUGUAUAGAGUGGAUUUCUGAUUAGUUUAAAGUGAUCUUCAUUGAAAAGAACAGUGCUUUUCUUUCAAAAAUAAGGAAAUUUCAGUGAUCCCAAACUUUUGAACGGUAGUGUAAUUCAGCCCAGAGGUAUUCUUCACGUGAAAUUUGGUGAUUGGUUUAACUGAUUAACUGGAAAAAAAAAAUCAUAUCCCUAUAUUAAAAUAAUCUUAAUCAUUAGCAGCUCUAAUUCACAGAUACUCACAAUAUGGAGGAAAAAAAAUCUAAAAGCAUGUUUUGCACAUUUUGCAUUCAUGCAAUACUAUUUCAAAUGGGCCAUCCUUUAAAAUGGACGGGUUACUAUUCAGGUUUUAAACAUCUGUGCCUUGGAGAAGUGUGGAAGUGGAGUUGAACAGCAAGAGACCGAGAUAUCGUUCAAUAAUAAUAAUAAUAAUAAUUAAUAAUAAUACUUUUCCAGACGUGUGUAUAAUAUAUAUUGUAUUACUCCAAAGAUUAUAUAGAAGUCGUACCCAUGUUCUGUGUUCUUCAUAGUUCAUUAUGUUUAAAAAGCGCUUUCCUUAGUGUGAGACCCUAUCAGUGUGUUCCACCACUAGUGUGUGUGCCAAGUAAUUUUUAAAUGUUCUUUCCUGAAUUGUCAUCCCUGUUGCUUUUUGUGCAUAAAUGUUUUGAUAUUGUGUGUUUGUCUGUCACUGUAUACCGUUGCACACACUGUUCAUGCAGCUUGGAGAGUUUGGAUACGCGGGGGGGAGAGAGAGAGAGAUACUACAUAUAUUUGUGCAAUAAUAAUAGUUUGUUUAAAAAAUAUGAAUACUUUUUAAAAAAUAUUUGUGUAUUCUGUAUAGUUGGGUUUUUGUCACUGUCACACAGAUGAAGAAUUUGAUCAAAACUCUAACUCCUUGUUCUUGUGCAUAAUUUACAAAACACUUCAGAGAACAUUUUUUUAUUUUUUAUUAUUAUUUUUAAGUUUUUCAUUUUGGUCAAAUUUGUCAUAAUAAAUAUAGU